AUGAGUUACACCGUUGACUGCCACUUCACGGGCCCGAGCUCGUACCGCAAGACUCGGCCCGCAUCCGUCUCCUCCAGCGGCUUCCACUCCCAGCGCCGCCGCCUCGCCUACAGCCAGCCCUCUGUCUCCAUCGUCAGCCUGGACGCUUUCAACGGCGACAUGACGCGGAGGAGCGAGAAAGAAGUCCUGCAGGCUCUGAACGACCGCUUCGCCGGUUACAUCGACAAGGUGCGCAACCUGGAGAUGCACAACCGCAACCUGGAGGCGGAGGCUGCGGCGCUGCGGCAGAGCCAGGCCGGCCGCACGGCCGUCGGAGAGCACUACGAGCGUGAGUUGAGCGACCUGAGGGGCGUCCUGCAGCAGCUGACCGGGGACAAAGCCCGUACGCUCGUCGAGCACGAACACCUGGAAGAAGACAUCCAGCACUUGCGCGGCAGGCUGGAGGAUGAGACGAGAAACCGGGAAGAGUUGGAGGCUGCCGCUCGGGCCAUGAAAAAGUACAUGGAGGACUGCCAGCUGGCGCGUCUCGAGCUGGACAAGAAGUUCCGUGCCCUGGAGGAGGAAUCCGAUUUUCUCAAGAGAAACCACGAGGAAGAGGUGGCAGAGCUCAUGGCGCAGAUCCAGGGCGCACAGGUGAAUUUCGACAUGAGAGACAUGGUCAAAGCCGAUGUCACCGGCGCACUGCGAGAGAUACGCUCGCAGCUGGACAGUCACGCCUCAAAGAACGCGACCCACGCAGAGGAAUGGUUCCAGGUGCGUAUGGAGCGUCUAUCCGAAACUGCUAAGACGAACCAGGAUGCAAUCCGUGGGAGCCAGGAGGAGAUUGCAGAAUACCGCCGUCAGCUCCAGAGCCGCACCAUUGAGCUGGAGACUCUUCGAGGAACCAAGGACUCACUAGAGAGGCAGCGAAUGGAGAGUGAAGAUAGGCACCAGGAUGACCUUAACUCACUACAGGAAACCAUCAACCAGCUUGACAAUGAGCUGAAAUCCACCAAAUGGGAGAUGGCCAGCUACCUGAGAGACUAUCAGGAGCUGCUGAAUGUGAAGAUGGCCCUGGAUAUUGAGAUUGCUGCUUACAGAACGUUACUGGAGGGAGAGGAAAAUCAUUUUUUGUCAGGUGGCCCCCCAUUAUCCUUCCUGGAGAGCAGAAUCUCCGGACAUGUCAAAGUCAAAGCCGAAGAGAUCUCUGAUACAGUAAUCGUGGAGGAACAGACCGAUGAGACACAGGUGACAGAGGAAGCAGAUGAGGAGGAAGAGGAAGAAAACAAAGAAGAGGAAGAAGAGGAAGCUGAGGAAACCAAAGAGGAGGAGGAACAAGGUGAGGAAGAAGAAGACAAGGAGGAAGAAGAGGUAGAGGAAGAGAAGGAUGAAGAAGAAGAAGAGGCUAAGGAGGAAGAGGCUAAGGAGGAAGAGCCUAAGGAGGAAGAGCAGGAGGAGAAAGGAGAAGAGGGAGAAGAUGAAGAAAAGGAUGAGAAAAAAGAGGAGAAGCCACAGCCCGUCAAGGAAGAAAAGGAGAAAGAGCAGCCUGCAGAGAAGAAGCAGGAACCCAAGGAGAAAGAGCCGGAGAAGGCAGACAAACCCGACACAAAGGAAGAUAGUAAACCCAAAUCUCCUGCUGUCAAAUCACCAGAAUCUAAAUCGCCACAAAAAUCUCCAGAAUCCAAAUCACCAGCAGCCAAAUCCCCAAUGCCUAAAUCACCUGCUAAAUCUCCCACAGGAGAUGAGUCAAAGUCCCCACCUACUAAAUCACCUGCAUCUAAAUCUCCUCCCAAGAGCCCUGAGCCAAAGUCUCCAGAAAAAGAAACCAAGCCCAUUCCUCCCAAAGACACCGUAAAAGAGGAGAAAAAAGAGGAGAAGCCACAGCCCAUCAAGGAAGAAAAGGAGAAAGAGCAGCCUGCAGAGAAGAAGCAGGAACCCAAGGAGAAAGAGCCGGAGAAGGCAGACAAACCCGACACAAAGGAAGAUGGUAAAGUAGAUGAAGAUGAAGAAAAGGAUUCAUCCACUCCUCCAAAAUCCCCUCAGCCCAAAUCUCCUGCUGUCAAAUCACCAGAAUCUAAAUCGCCACAAAAAUCUCCAGAAUCCAAAUCACCAGCAGCCAAAUCCCCAAUGCCUAAAUCACCUGCUAAAUCUCCCACAGGAGAUGAGUCAAAGUCCCCACCUACUAAAUCACCUGAAUCUAAAUCUCCUCCCAAGAGCCCUGAGCCAAAGUCUCCAGAAAAAGAAACCAAGCCCAUUCCUCCCAAAGACACCGUAAAAGAGGAGAAAAAAGAGGAGAAGCCACAGCCCGUCAAGGAAGAAAAGGAGAAAGAGCGGCCUGCAGAGAAGAAGCAGGAACCCAAGGAGAAAGAGCCGGAGAAGGCAGACAAACCCGACACAAAGGAAGAUAGUAAAGUAGAUGAAAAAUCAGAAAAGGAGGAAGUUUUGAAACCUGCCACUCCUAGCAAGCCCUCUGAGGACAAACCCGCCCCAAAGUCUGAGCCUAAAGAGAGUGCCCCCCCUGCUAAGGAGGAGAAGACUCCUGCUCCUAAACAAGAGAAGGCUGAACCUGAAGCAAAGGCAGCAUCUAAAUCAGAACCCGAGAGCAAGACUGAGGAGAAGAAGCCAGAGGAGAAGAAGCCCGAGGAGAAACCUGUCCCUAAAGUAGAGCCGGAGAAGACAGAGAGUAAGCAAGAAGAGAAGAAGCCAGAAGAAAAACCUGCAUCUAAAGUAGAGCCAGAGAAGACAGAGAGCAAGAAAGAGGAGAAGAAACCAGAGGAAAAGCCUGUGCCCAAAGCAGAACCCGAGAAGACUGACAGCAAGAAAGAAGAAAAGACAGAGGACAAAAAGGAAACAAGUAAAGAUGAAAGUAAAGAGGUGAAGGAGGAAAAAGUUGAGAAAUCCUCUGGCGCUGAGUCAAAGGAGAGCAAGGAUGAGAAGCCCAAAAAGUAAGACUUAAAUGCUGUGUUUCAGUUAUCGCAGAGAGGAGGAGAUGCCAAAGAACUAUGAACUAUGACAGAAAGGUCAGGCAAAGGCAUAAGAAGGUGGAGAGCAGAAGAAAAGAUAUGUACUAGAAGGACAAUUUAAUGUCCAAAGCAAAGCAGGUAACAGUAUGUAAGCAAUAUUGAUUUCUGCUGCAAAUAAUCCCCUGCUCCCUAAUUAUGGCCAUUAUGUAUCCCUGAAGCUUAAGAUGUAUGACUGUAGUGAAUGCAGAAUGCUCUAAACUCUUUAUCUGAAUGUGACAACUGCCCUUAAUGAUAACAAGUGCAUUUAAACAGAAUCCUGAUUUGGACAGCAGGGUCCUGUUGUGCCUGCAACGCCUUCGAGGGUAAAGAUGUCAUAACAAUGCCAAGCUAAAGAUUGUAACAGACACUGAACAUAAAACACAAUAUUUAAGGAAAUAGAAAUGUCUAUAUUAUAUUUACAAAUACAUCCGUAUGAAAGACUUGAAUUUUGCUUGUUGUGCACCUUAAUGCAGCUUCUCCUGACAGGUGAACUGUGGUAUCUCACUCUUCCAGUCUGCGAUGUUAGGAUAAUGAUGACUUUGCUAUGUAUAAACUGCUGAGAAUAUGCAACAUGAAACAGGAAAUAAAGAGUGAAAAAAU